AGAAUAUGCUUCUGUUUUCAUGACUAAAUUUUCCAGGAAACUUCAGAAUCUGGACUUCUUCAAGAGCCUUCAUUUUCAGAACUUUCCAUGUCUUCUAAGUAGACCAAAGACGAAACGAUAAUUCAUUACCUCAUAAUAUUUGACUACGCCGUAUCAUCAGUCUCAUCUCAUCUUUUCACUCUUCAGAUUUUCUGAUAGCUUCUUUCCCGCAUGAAACCUCUCUUAAACACAUCAUCAUCAUCCUCCAUGUUCUUUCUUUUGAUCUCUCCCUUCAUCUCUAUCGACAUUCCAACAUCUCUUGGUGCCGAUGAUGGUCGGUAUACAAGCUGUAAAAGUAACUCUUUUAUCUGCGGAAACAUUUCAAACCUCGCAUAUCCCCUCUGGGGUGAUAACAGAGCUGAUUAUUGUCGUCUUCCUGAUUUCCAGCUCACAUGUGAACGCAAUAAUGUCCCAAACAUGAUCAUAAAGAACAUCAGAUAUCGAGUUCUUGAUUUGGAAUGGAAUUCACAGGUUCUUCGACUAGUUAGGGAUGAUUAUUAUGACACUAUCUGUCAUAAAAGUAAUUACAAAAACAGUACCUUUGAUCCAACAACCUUCAAGUAUGUUGAUGAGACUGAUUAUGUGACCUUGCUCUACGACUGCAUUUCUUCACCAUCUGAAUCGAAUAUUUAUGCUAAAGAUUGCAAUGGAGGUGGUGAUAAAUACGUUGUCCACUACGGCGAAGGAAUAUUAUAUAGAGUCAAUUGCACGAGUGUUAUCAUGCCAAUGCUACCAGACCAAAUUACAACGCUUAAGCAAAUACAGGAUGAGUUAGAUGAUGGUUUUGGGUUGAGAUGGUUAAUAAAUAAGGAACAGUACGACGCGUGCACUAAAUCUGGGGGAGAGUGUGGUUAUGACAAACAAUUCCUCUGCUUCUGCAAACAGGGACCUCAAAAUACUUCAUGUCCACAACCGCAACCACAUGAAUCUACAGCUUCAGCUUCAGGUAUGUUGUUACUUUCUCAGAGUCCAAUGUUUGUUUGUAGCCUGAUAUGGGACAGGCACUAUAAUAAGUAGUGUUAAAUUAUGAUUUGAAGUAUCAUAUCAUGUUUCAUACGAUUACUAGACACGAAAAGAAUAGAAUUUGUCGAUGUUUUUAAGUAAAGAUGCUUCAUACAUUUGUAGCAUACAUGUGCCUAAGUACUCUAAUGUUCUAAUUGUUGGGUCAACUAAGAAGCGGGUUCUGCAACUUGCCAUAGGUGAUUAAUACAGUAAAGCUUUAAUUUUAUUUGCUUCAGCAUUUUCAUGAAGAUUUCAAGUUGUCAUGUUCUAUACAUGCAGCCAUUUCAGCAGCAGUUGGUGGACUUGCUCUAAUCUUGACCUUGAUUAUUUAUAUUUGCAAUAAAUAUUUCAGAAUCGAAAAUGGGAAAAUCUUAAGAAAGACAAGAGCUUGUCAUGAUAACAAUCUUCAAUUCUUCAUAAAUAACUAUGGCUCUUUGACACCAAG